AUCCCUUCUCCCGUCCGGUCUCUGCCAUGGCCAACCACAUCAAGUCAAGACGCCCAUCGCUGACCUGCCUGCCCUCGCCCUCCAAGGCCAUCCAUAAAGCCCUCACCGCGCCCUGUCCAUCGUCGUCCAUUUCCCCCCUGUCUGUUCUCUCGGCCAUGGACGUCGCCAGCCAUCCCACCGAUACCGCCGGUGCCCAGCCCAAGUGCACACCUCCUUCGUUCUUUGAUCGCAAAUUCAAGCAGCUCCUCUCCAGGCUCAGAAAGAAUCAGGAUCCUCGCCAUCCGCACCACGACCACACAUUCGUCUCUCGCUCUCCCCAGUCGGCGACUGCUGCUCCCCGGCGGGAGCGGCGCAAGUCCGAGGUCUGGUCCAUCAAGAAGGAGCUGAUUGGCGCCAACCCGACCCGCAGAGCCUCGAUCGGCACCAACGACACCUUGGUCGAUCGCUUUGGCUUUAUCGAAGAUCCCCAUCCUCGCUACCACCCGCCGCCCCACCCGCAGCUCGCCUCGCUGGUUUCGCCCAUGCCCGGCCCCUUCCCCGAUAUGGACUCGACGUUUUGCUCGAGCCCCUCGGACUGCGUCUCGCCGGUGCCUGUCACCCUGUGGUCCCAUAAGGACGGACUGGGCGUCCCCGUCAACGUCACCGAAUCCAACUUCCCGACCUUUGAGGAGCUGCUCGUCAACGACCGCACCCUCAAAGUCUCGCUGACCCCCAAAUUCGCCAAGACCGAGUCGGAGAUCCAGCAACUGGCCUCGGCCACGCCCUCUCCGGUCAUGUCUGUGACGGAGCUGCCGCCUUCCAAGCCCAGGUGGCGGAAACAGCCUUCCCAGCGAAAUCUGCGCAGCCCAACGCCGUCGCUGCGAUCCGUCAGCUCGACGCUGGAGGAAACCAGCAUCAGCUUCAAGUACUGAGCCUGCCUUCAGCCCAGCCCAGCCCACCCCACUAUCUCGCCUCGCCCCCACCUCGCCUCAUCCUCCGCCGCGACAUUGGACGAGCCGGGCCAAACUCAUACAAGCCAACCUGAUCGCGCCACAUCGGAUAGAGAGCCCAUCUCACCGCCCCCUCCACGCCCAGGCACAUGCUCCUUUGUCGCACUCAUAUGUGUAUAGCCUCGCUUCUAUCCCAUCGCCACCAAUUGCAUUUUUAGACGCCCAUCGGGACAGAUCAAACGGGCUCAUCUGCUCCCCCCGGGCCUGCGCAUAUUUAAAACGCUUUCCCACUUGCGGUCAAAUUCGCCAUCCAAUCCAAUCCAACCUACUUCAAUCCCAUCCGGGCUCCUGCUUUGACAGCGGGUUGCUCGUCAUCGUCUGUUCUUCUGCACCAAUACAAUGCAUCCC